GAUGAACCAAGCUGGGACACUCCUGCUGCGGCAGAGCUUGGACUGGGAUGACUUCAUCCGCGGCCGUGCCUUGAGGGAGCUUUUGCUGGACCAGUUUCCCAACCGCAUCCUUGGCAGCCCCGAUGGACGGCACCUGCUCCUUCUGUGCCAAUCUCGGGUCGUGGCCUUCCAGCGCUUGGGUGCCGAAGGAGGGGGUGACCUGGAGAGGAGCUGGCAUCCGCCCCAGCCACCUGUGGUGGGGCUGUUUUUCCUGGAAAGCCCCUCCACCGCCAUCCCUUGGGUGCUGGGUGUUGUCUGGGAGCGGGGCAAGGCCGAGCUGUGGCGCUUUGGGCCCUCCGCCGGGUGGCACAUGCUUCAGAGCCUGGAGCUGUGCCAUGGAGGCCGGGCCCGCAUCAUCUCCAUCUGCAGCUGGAGGGGUCAGCUGGUGUGGUGUGAGGAGAGGCCUGCCUUGGGUGCCCAGUUGACCCCAGAAAGGAGAGCCUUCCAAUACUGCAUUUGCACCCGGAGCCUCCAGAUUGGGGAGCAGGGAGCCCAGCUGAGCCCGCUGAGGGUCAUCUUGCACAAUAGCCCUCUUUACCAAGUGCUGGCCUCGCCUUCCGGCGUCUUCUUGGUGCCCACUCCAGACACUUUCCCAAACAUAGCCAAAUUCAUCAUCAUCUGGCAGCCGGAGAAUGCUGCCAUUUCUGUUGCCACUCCAUCCAGAGGGUGCAUUUGCACAAAAGCCUCUCAUCCUGGCAGUGAGGUGGACUUCAAGAAACUGGUGUUGGGCUGUGUGGGCCUCUUGGCCUCCAUGGACGUCCUGACCAUCCAUGGCUGUGCCCUCUCCAGCUGCGGGGAGCUCCUCCUGGUUACCAAGGCAGGCACGAUGGAGCUGGUGCAACCCAAUGGGACGUGGAGACCUGUCUUUGACUUUGGGGAAAGUGCUGUGACCCCAGGGCAGCAGGUCCAGCUGAAAGCAUCUGGAAGCACCCUGGCCUGUUUGUUGGGAGGAGCACUUCACCUUGUGGACUUGGACAGUAGGCAGCUGAUAGAGAAGAAAACCCUGAACACGGAAGAAGUGCUUUUCUUGGACUUUAGUGCAGGAGAGGAGGAGGAGGUGCAGCUCCUUGCUUCAAAUGGCAUUUACAGCCUUGACUUGUCUGAUGCUGCCAAGGAGAGCCAGCCUGAACCCAACCUGGUUGAAAUGGUGUUUGAAGAGGCCUGCAAAUACUAUCAGCGACGCAGUCUCAGCAACUCCCAGCUCACUGUGGAGAAGCUCAAGAAGGGUGACAUGUUUCAGGCUCCUAUUGCACUUUCCGCCAUCUUGUGUCAUAGUCUUACUCCCAAGGACAAGAAGCCCAAGGUCCUCACGGAGCCUUAUGCCAAGCUGCUGAGCACAAUGCAAUUGGAACUGCAAAGCUAUCAGAACCUGGAACUGCUCAAGGCCCGUGUGGUUGGAGCCUCCCAAAGUGAGGUGGAGAGCUACGGGGAGGCCCUGGUGGAGCAGGAGCUCAGCCGCCUUCUGCACUUGGACUCCAAUAAGGAAAACCUGGAGUACCUGAAUGCCAUCUUCAGUUCUUUCCCAAAGGCAUCCUGGAAAGCCAUCCAGAAUCAUCUCCAACUACAGCAGAAUGGAGAUGGCCUUCUGGUAGCCAGAGCUACUCCGGAUAUAUGGAAGAAGAUUCUUUGGGGACCUCUUCCCAGCCUCAGUAAGCAACAGGAGGGGACCCUCAAUGGAGUGCUCCCCCUUUUUGAACUUGUCUGCCUUGCACUCCACCAGUUCAAGCCUAAAUGGCUGCCUCGGUUUGUGGAGCUGUCCCAAGAGUGUUUGGGGGCCACUUGGACUUACAGCAGCAAAGAGGGCCCUGAGGGCGUUGUGCCUCUCUACAAGAGAGCCUUGGCUGUGCUGCCACGGAGGCACAAGUGCUCAGUAGCUGACAGGGACAUGGAAAUUGAGCUCUUGCUGUCUAGCCAGAGGCCCAAAGCCAUCCUGCAGGCCAUUGGGCAACUCAUCCGGCACCAGAGGUGGCAGAGGGUGAUGGAGGCUGCGGAAAAGUUCUCCAGGCUGAGCCCUUUGCUAAACAAAGAGAUUUUUAUUAUCCUCCUGGGGGAGUUUUCCCAGCACAGGGCCCUGGACCCUUACUCAGACAUGUUGUGGGAGCUCUGCCCUGCAGAUCUGAGUGCUUCUGACAUCCUGAGUGUUAUCCAGCAGCACUUAAGCCCAGCAGAAUGUGAUCCUUUUCCUCCAGAGGGGUCAUCCCAGCUAACAGUCGGCCUACUGAAGCCCCUGUUGCACAAACUGACACCGAGCCCAUCUGGCCGGACUGAAAUGUAUGCUGAUGCUUUACAGGGCCCCACUUUCCCUCCACCAACUCCCCCCAGGCAGCACCGCGUUCCUCCAAAGGCAGCCGCUUCCCAGGAAGAGCAAACUCCCUUUCAAAGCCACACAUAAGUGCAGAUAGUGUAAAAUGGUGUUAGGCAUAAGAGUUAAAGACAGGCAAGAGGGCAUCCUGGGUCCAACAGGAGAUAAAACUCAGUGCUUUUGUGUCCCACUGAGAUCUUGUACAUCCUGCAUCAGGAAGCUGUCCCUGCCAAAAAGAGAGAGUGAGUGGUAGGUUUAUUUGGAAGAGUGCAGAGCUUGAAGCAAGGGUCAACGAGUUCUGGUUUUGGUGCCUUAAACAGGAGCACAUGGCUUUCAUAAACAAAUUAUAUCAUUACUCAUCCAGUGGGGCUGGCUAGCUGAAGUUGUUGAUGCCAAUCUAUUCCCAUCCUUUUAUGAAUAAUGCUGGUAGGAUGGGUUUGUCAGUUUUAAUCUUUAUGGUUUGGUCAAAUGUCAGUCUGCAUUCUUCAGUCAUAUUUAUAUGUGAGCUGAAUAUCCACUGGGUCAUUAAUUGCCUUGCUCUAACUAUCUUGACGGUAUGCUGAAACACCCAUCAUUCUGCUGCAUUACUCUUAAAUGUUGGCCUUUUUCCCCCCCUGGCACAUGCCAACUUGUGGGUGCCAGGUCUCGCUGGCUGGCUUUAGUUCCUCCUGAAACUAAAGUUUUUCAAACUCCCUGGGUUGUUUUCUUCUUCGGCUACAAACCCACUGCUUGACUGCACCACAAGUUGUUAAGUAUGCAAUGUUUACCUGUAGCAGGGAAAGCCCCAGCUAUUUCUACCACCUUCUAUACACACACCUUUACCCCUUGUAGUGGCUUUAUCUGUUGCUUUAAAAAUGGAGGAGGUUGUCAAUAGAGGGGGGAUUCAUUGAAGUAGUCCAUUGCCUGUGAAUUUGCAGGGAUGUGUAACUCUUGCUUUGCUCUUUGUUCGCCACUCCAUUGGCUUACCAUAUAUCUGUCUGUUACAGAGAAAGAUGACAAACUGUGAAAAAUUGAAUUUGCUUUUCCCUAUCCCAUUUCACUUAAUAAUAACUACUAUGAACAAA